AUAAAGAGAACUAUCUCAUUUACAAGAGUUGUCUAGAACUUUGCAGCAACUGAAAUACCUUUAGGUGUUGUUGAAUGAAUGAAGCAAACCUCUGCCAGGGCCAUGGAUAAGCUGAGAAGACCAGUUAGAGGCAGAAAGCUUGGGUCAAAUCGCUGGAGACAACCAAGAAGCAUGGAGGGAAAUGGGCAAACAUAUCUUAUCUCAGAGGAAGAGCCAUUCCAUUCUGAAAUCAUUGAAAAGAUUCAGGACAUCUUCCAAAAACAUGAUGAAAGCAAGCAAGGUUUCAUUACACAAGAAGAUAUGCAGAAACUGGAGGGAGAGGUGCCUUGGCACACAGAAGAGUUGGAGCUUCUCUUUGAUGGCCUUGAUGUUGACAACAAAGGCUACAUAACCAUUGAAGACUUCACUGCAGGGCUAAGGCAUUUUCUGAGCUCACAGACGGCAACAAGAGAACACAGGAAGAGGAAGGCAGCUUCAGCGAGGAGUCCUACAAACCUGUCAUUGGUGGAAGCUAAUUUAGAGGAGCAAAAACACUUCAAGGCUUUCAUAAACCAACUGGGAGCUGACAAUAUCUUUGAAGACCAGUCGGAGAUCUGGAGGAUUUGGUUGCAGCUCCGUAAAGAUGAACCAGAUCUUCUGGGAAACCUGAAAGAGUUCUUGAAUAAAAUGACACAUUUGAUUAAGGAAGCUAAGCAUGCAAAAGAAACACUACAGUUCAUGCUGGAAAUGCAAGUUGCUGAUCAUAACAAGAAGGUACAACAACUAUAUGAUGAAAUAGAACAGCAAACAGAGAGGGAGAGACAAAGGCUGCAGUAUGAGAGUAAAACCAGGAGUCAGUUGUAUAGUAUGGAGAUGGAGAAAGUACUGGGUAUCAAGGAACAGGAAAUACAGAAUUUCCUUAGUAUUCAAAAAGAGCUUGAGACUCAACUCCUCACCCUUAGGGAAAAGCAGCAUGUGGGAAAUGCCCAAACCGAAGAACUCAAGCGAACCAACAGGGUGCUUGAGAACCAGCUACAGGAAACCAUCUAUCAACUUCAACAGACUCAACACCGUUUAGAUAAAAUGAAGGGUAGAAUAUCCCAGAUGCACAAAGAUGGCAGGGCAUUUAAUGAUGUUACAUCAAUGAGCAACACUGACUCAGUCUCCAGAACAAGAGUGAUCUCUAUUGAAGAGGAUCCUGUGGCAAACUCUAUUGGAGAAGAGCCUUAUUUCCCUGAGGAGCCUGUAGGGCAAAGCUCUUUGUUCAAAGAGCUGAAUGAAGCUAUAGCAGCUCAGAUCAAAGCAUCUGAGUCACACCAACCACAAAGACAUAACUUUGUUGUUCAAGGACAGGAACCUAUGGUCCAAAUUAAGCAAAGUGGAAAUUCUCAGAAAAGGUUCAUACAGGAAAAAAUACCUCCAAAAGAAGCUCCCUCAAAAAGCAGUGGUCCAGAAAAGAGGACUUCUGAAAUCCUUGUUGGCAAGGCUAGAUUACAAGGAGAGAUUCAGCAUAAAGAAGGACCAACUCGAGUUCAGGGCAGUCAUCUGGAGAUGAAGCAAAAUAAUCCAAGAGUCAAAAUGCCAGAGCCCAUGCCAAGAAGAAGUCUUAUGCCUGAGGCUCAACCAUUGGCUUAUUCAGGGCUGAAGACACGUGUUGAUGGUGACUGCAAAGAGGAUUCACUGCUAGCUUUAGAGAAAGGAGUGAUAAGGUUAUCUCCAGAGAUGAAAAUGCCAGAUAAAGGUAUAUCUGAGACUUUGAUGAAGGAUGCGGCACCAUCUGAUUUUUCAUCUAGGAUCACUUUGCCCAACGUGAAGAUUGGAGGUGGAUCCAAAAGUUCAUUUGUAUCAAACAGCCAAUUAAAAAACAUGCCUGAGCCAGAGAUGCAGGCACAAAACCCUGAAGGGCCAAAAAAACUGUUAUCAGAGCACAGACCAGAUAGAAAUAUGCACAUAUCUGGUUGUAAGAAGAGUCAAGACAUUAGAACAAUAAAGGAUGCAGAAGAAAAAGUUAAAGCAGAUGAUAGGGAUUGCCAAAUGAAUGUAGGCACAAAAGAAAGUUCUAAAGUCACCAAAGCUGUUAGUUCCCAUCCAGACCACUUGUACAAUGUGCUCUUUGUAGGAAAUACUGAUGUUGGCAAGACUUCCUUUUUGUGUCGGCUACAGGAGGAUUCAUUUGGUGGAAAUGUGACUGCAACUAUAGGAGUUGAUUAUCGGAUCAAAAACCUCUUUGUGGAUGACAAGUGCUUCACUUUGCAACUGUGGGACACGGCUGGCCAAGAAAGAUACCACAGUCUCACCAAGCAGUUCUUCCGAAAGGCUGAUGGAGUGGUAUUGAUGUAUGACAUCACCUCAGAAUACAGUUUUGCUGACGUGAAGUAUUGGCUCAGUUGCAUCCAGGAAGGAGCAGGAAAUGAGGUUAUUGUUCUUCUUCUUGGUAACAAAACUGACUGCGCUGCUGAAAGGAGAGUAUCAAUGGAGGAUGGUGAAUACUUGGCCAAGGAAUAUGGACUCUCAUUUUAUGAAUGCAGUGCUGCUUCUGGUCACAAUGUGACUGAUUCCAUGAUCAAGUUAGUCGGGUUGCUGAAAGCUCAUGAAGACCAGCUAAAACAGGAUUUUCUGGAAUUAACAGUAAUACCUAAGAAGAAAAGCAGUUGUUGCUUGUAAACAAUAGUAAAAAGAUGAACACAAAGUGUUAAGAGCUAGUGAAUAUCAGUAGAUUCAAUGUAACUAUUUGUAUUUUGUAUCUUCUGGUGUGGAGGCCACUUCAUAUAGCAUUGGAAAAGAGCCAUUUCAUAAGACCAGGUUUAGAUUGAUGGCAAGCAUUAUACAACAGAUCUCAAACUUUCCAUCUCAUACGAUACUGUACUUUGUUUUUUACGUGAAAUGUUUUCAAACAAUGGCCUAUAGAAUUUGCAGAACGAGCAAGAAUAUCUACAAUUUAUUUAUAUUUUCUGAUGUCAUAUUGGCAAAUAUGGAGUUUUGUUUCCAAAAGGUACCAAAUACCCUUAAAAUGAUAAAUGAUUUAUAGAUGUCAGCACAUUGAUGGCUAGGAAUAGAGUAUUAUCCACAAAUCUAAACUAUCAGAAUACGUAUAUCCAAUUAGUUCAGAACAGGCCUUGGGGAAAAUGGCAUCUUAUGGCAAAAAAAUGCAUAUUCUCAGCACAUUCCCCCCCCCCCCC